GCGGCCUUCGUGUCAUCGCCGACACUCGUCGUCAAUCGUUCCCCGCGGCACUGUACACGCUCGGCAACUCACGAAAUGAUCGCGUGCGGAAUAUCCGGCGGCGACGGCGGCGGCGGCGACGAUACACCGAAGUCGAGAAGCGGCUGCGGACGGCGAGCGCGACAGACCGACUGGACCGUGUUGGUGCACGGCCUGUGCGCCGCCAUAAUCGCACUGAUCACGCUCCGGAUCCUGCCGGCGUUGGCCGCGUGUUUGGUCGGCGUGUGCUUCCUGCAGUCGCCGGUGCUCAGAACGCUGUCGUCCGGACUGUUCCGAUUCCUCGGGCCGCGAGGCCGCAGAUCAGCCAACCCGAAUGGCGGCGGUAUUGGAACCGGUCGCGGUGGCCGACGAAGGAGUUCGCUUGAGCCGCAGGCUCCGUCGACAAGCGGCGACGAAGUUCCGUCGACAAGCUGCGGUGACGUUCUGCCGAGAUCGCCGUCAACAAACUCUUUGCCGGUCGUCAAACGUAGUCUGCGAUUGCUGGUGCCAGUGAUGCAAGGCAUCCAGCGCUCCGUCGUUACUCGCCCGAAACGUCCGAGGCGGUCGUCGCUUAGGCGUUGUCGCGACAAUGUCGCCACCGUCACCGCUUGCGACAAUAUCAUCACGAAAACCGUCGAGACGGUUUCGAGUUAUCGGGCCGACAACGAUGCCGUUCACUGUAGCCAGUACGUGGUAUGCGCCACCAGAGAAUACCGAUGAUACAGUCAUUAUAGCGCAUAUAUAUUAUAAUAUAAAUAGAUUUAAACUAUUCUGUGGUAAUUCAUAUAUGCGUAGAUCGGGUAUACUCGAUAGUCCAUGCGUUUGACGGGCUUUCGAUUUAAAAGCCACUACGGUGACAUUUUUUUAUUUAUUAUUAUGGCGAGUUUCGUUAACAAUCUCUAUAGGCACUGAAUAAACCGAUUAUCGCGUAUAUAAUUUUUAUAUAUUAUGCAGUCGUCGUUAUAGUUAAUGCGCAUAAAAAAAAAAAAGGUCGAGUUUACAGUAACGCGUAUGUCGUCUGUCGUGCCGCGUUCAAAAGUUUAGCUCAACACGACUAAGCAAUCAGCAUAUACGAUAAAAGCCGCAAGGCACAAAAGACGGCGUAGCUGUGGACCCAGCUUAACUGAACGCGCGUUAUAUAGUGUUUAAGUUUGUAUUAUGUAUUUUAAAUUUAAGGAACUUGACUUAUAAUACGCGUACACGUUUUUUUAAUGUGAACGUUUUAUAUUUGGUGGUAUUUUUUAUAUUAGAAUAUUAGAAUUUCAUUUUUAAUUCCCGCCAAAUAGGUUAAUGCGCAUAAAAACAAGACCAUUUACAGGCAUUAACUAUAUAUUGUUAUGUAUUAUUAUAUAUUAUAUUACGUUAUUAAUUUAUUAAUAAUAUUCAAAUAACAAUAUUACAUUAUUAUAAAUGUGUGAUUAAAAA